UAAGAGAUUAUAUUAGAGAGAGAAGUUUAAGUAUCACAUGGAUUCCUCCAGAACAGAUGAUGAGAGGAGGGACAUGGAGUUGGAAAGCUUGAAGAAAUAUCUGUUCAGAAACGCCAUGAAAGGAAAAUGGGAAGAAGUCGUGGAGAAGUACUGUACAGAUGAGCGGGCCCACGAUGCCAAAAUCACAAAAGGGGGAGACACGGCCCUCCACGUGGCGGUGUCGGACGACCAAGAAGCCGUGGUGGAAGGACUGGUGAAAGUUAUCAUUAGCUCCGGCGCCGGUGAGAAAGUGCUCGAGAUGAAAAACGACAGGAGCCUUACUCCGCUUCACAUUGCGGCGACGCUGGGAAACGUGAAGAUGUGUUACGACAUCGCUUCUGUGGAGCCCUCUUUGGUGAAUAUACGAAACGAUGACGGGGAGACCCCACUCUUCAUGGCCGCUCUCCACGGCAAUAAAGAUGCUUUCCUUUGCCUCCACUCCUUGUGCGCCGCCGCCGAUGAAGCCUGUUUCAACUGCAGAAGAUCCAAAGAUGGCGAGACCGUUCUCCACUGUGCCAUAAUGGGUGAUUUUUUCGAUUUGGCAUUCCAUAUCAUAAAACUGUACAAGGAGUUGGUGAACUCGGUGAACGUGUAUGGUCUGACUCCACUACAUCUUCUAGCCACGAAGCCCUCAGCUUUCCCAAGUGGAAGCCAAUUAGGAAGAUGGAAGAUGAUCGUUUAUCACUGUAUGUUUGUGGAUGAACUGAAGGCUGAACCCAACUCAUUUCGCCGCGCUCUUUCGAAGAGGCCGCAUUCGCCGCCACCUCAGAAAUGUUAUCCACACAAUUACAACACCUGCGUCAACUUCUUGUAUCUUCUGAGGAAAGCAAUUCAAGUGGUAAUUGCCGUGUGGACUACAAACAAAAAAUUACCAAACAACAAUAAAGCAACGGACAACGGUACAGAUGCAGAGAAUCCAGCUCACCCUCAACCCAAAGGGCAUGACUCAGUGGUGAUACAUCAAGGGACUGAAUUUUUGCCGGAAAAUUAUGCAACCUGCUUCAACUUUGUGAAACUAGUUUCCAAGGCAGUGCUGGUAAUCCUGGGGCAAGGAUUUAGAGGAAUAAGAAAGAUUAAGAGCAAGAAGGAGAAGCAUGUUUGGUCGGUCCAAGUUAUGGAGGAGCUUCUAGAAUGUGCUUGGAUGUACGAAUAUGAUGACAAUGGAGGUGUGCCGGUGACGACGGCGGCGGAAUCCACGUCAAAAGACCACGACGAAAUAACACAACCUUAUAGCUUAAUCCAUGGCGGUGUCGCCUUCGUUGAUCACAACAUCUCUGAUUCUAAUCAACAACAUCACAACAUCAACAAUACUCGAGAGAGGAAAGAAGACGGAAUAAACUUAGACGAAGACGAAGGAGCAACAAAAAUUUUGAUAGCAUCAAACUACAGCGUGGGUGACAAAAUCUUGAAAUAUUUUCCGAUGAGCAUUCAAGACAUUCACGGCAACAACAACGUGGUUCUUUUAGCAACAGACAAAACCAAAGAGUACAAUUCGCGAUUGCGAGAGACGCCCAUUUUACUUGCAGCCAAGAACGGUGUGGUGGAAAUGGUGGAGAAAAUCCUCCAACUUUUCCCAGUGGCCAUCCAUGACCUGAACGCCGACGGGAAGAACAUCGUGCUUUUGGCCGUGGAGAACAGACAGCCCCACGUGUACCAAUUAUUGCACAAGUGCAAAAUCAUAAAAGAGAGUGUGUUUCGAAAGGUGGAUUGUGGAGGCAACAGCGCGCUGCACCUGGCCGCGAAGCUCGGGGAUCACAAGCCAUGGCUCAUCCCGGGAGCCGCCUUGCAACUGCAAUGGGAGCUCAAAUGGUACCGGUUCGUGAAGGACUCGAUGCCGCUCAACUUUUUCCCCCGCUAUAACAAGGACGGGAAGACUCCAAGAGUUAUGUUCACGGACACCCACAAGGAGCUUGUGAAAGGCGGCGGGGAGUGGCUGACCAACACCUCCGAGUCCUGCUCGUUGGUGGCUGCGCUGAUCGCAACCGUGGCGUUCGCGACCACGGCAACUGUGCCCGGGGGGAAUGAUCAGAUAAAAGGGACCCCAUUGCUGCCGGCCAGGGUUCCAGAUAUUUGCGAUCGCGUCGCUGGUUGCGCUGUCUUGCUCGGUGACGUCUUUGGUGAUGUUUCUGUCGAUCUUGACCUCCAGGUUCCAAGAAAAGGACUUUGGAGGGAAUCUCCCGACCAAGCUUCUGGUGGGGUUGUCGACGCUAUUCGUGUCCAUCACGACGAUGUUGGUUUCGUUUUGCGCUGGGCAUUUCUUCGUGCUGGAGGAAAAGCUUCAAUACGCCGCAUUCCCAGUGUACGCCGUCACCUGCCUCCCGAUUUCCUUGUUUGCCAUUGCUCAAUUUCCUCUCUACAUGGAUCUUCUCUGGGCUACUCUCAAAAAGGUUCCUCAGAGAAGCUAUUCAGUCGUCCUCCCAUCCUAGAAAAACACUUGCCUCUUGACUCUUGACGGUGAGAAUCAAAUAUGGUUCUCGCUCCCUUUAAAAAUGACAGACUCAUUAAUUUUUAUAAAAAAUAU